AUUUUAUUUGUGAUGAGAGGUUUCUUUGCUAUUACAAGGGCUUUUAUAGCUCCUGUUGCUAAAUAGACUUUUUAUUUCUCCUCCUAAUAGUCAAAAAUUUAAAUGAGAAUGUAUGUUACAAUUUCACUAUUAAAAGAGUCAUUAACAAAAUAAACCAACUUAUUAGAUUAUCAUCUACUAUGUCUGGUUUACGAAUUGCUAAUUAAUAUGAUUUAUCAUUAUUUUCAUUAUUAGAAGAUGCUUAAGGUAAUAUUUAAGAUUUAAUAUCUUUAGGUAAAUUUAUUCUUAUGAAUUUUAAGAUGACUCGACUGAUUUGGAUAAUAGGCAGAUUGGUUUACAUUUAGGAUGUACAGUUUCUAUAUGAUCCAAAAAAAGUAUUUUUAAAUAAUAAAUUUACCAAUCAUUAUAUUUUUAUAGUUUUCCCACUUUAUUUUAUAAUAUUUACUAUUUUA